AUGAGGAAGUACUUGCUGAAAAAGCUUGAAAAGCAGCUGACAAGCAGGCUCAAGCUCGAAGAUGUAACACUGGUCUCCAAAAAGCAGCUGAGAUUGAGGUUGUGGUGGAUCUCGAGGACGCAAAUAACUUGGACCACCCGGUUCCAUCAACACCUGAAAAAAGAAAGCGGCCCCAAGUUGACAGUCCCAAGCCCACCACAGGCAAUACCUGCUGGAGAUCCCAUUGAAGGAAAUGGUUCUUCAGAUUAUUACAACCCAGAUGCUGUAGUUGAUGAAGAAGAUCUUGAUGAUAGCGGAGAUGUGGUUGAUGUAGCAAAGUCCAGGAACUUGAGGGUAAAGGGUGGUCAGCAGGCAGCGUUGAUGCUGGAGAAGAAGAAAGUCACAGCGGUGGCACUAAGUAACACUCACACAGUGCAUGCUCCCAUGAGACCAAACCUUAAACACACACUACCACCACUCCCACUGCCUUCGUCAGAAAAAGCAAAGCACGUCCCACCAAAAUCUGCACUUCGUUCAACAUGGUUAGAAGAUUCAGCAGUACCAGUCCUCAAUGAAAACAAUGAAGCUGACUCUUUUGAGUCACCUUCUGGUACAGUUUAUCAACGCUCGCCCUCCGUAAUGUCAGGUACAGGUAGCUUUUUAUCGGGUUACCGUAGUGGAGCAGCCACCAGUGAAGGUGGUACAUCAACAAGGGCGCCCUCAGAAACCGGCGACAUGAUUAUAACAGACUUGGGAGGUGGGAUUAUCAAUGUGAGUGGGAUAUCUUCAGAUGAGGAUGGUGGACUGAUGGAGAUACUAAAUAACCACCUAACAAUACAAGAAAGUAGCCCAAUGCUCAAAUCAAAGGUAUGUGAUUGA